AUGGCAGAACGAGCGCUCGAGAAUAUCGACCUGGACAAGCAGUGGCGACAAUGGGGUGACAACGCUCGCAAUGCGUCCAUCCCUUCCCGACGCACGGAAGCCGUCAACAACCUGAGGAAGAGCUGCAAAAGCCCCUCCGCUGGCGCCAAGAACAGCGCUCUUUUCGAAACACAGGCAAGCAACCGUGACGAGGCCGUGCACAACGGACGCCCCCUGUCCCUCGGUGGGACUGACCUUUUUCUCUACCAUCGCGUGUUCCAUGACUUCCAGCUGAAGCUCCGUCGCCCGCUCCAGUCUGCCAACCUCACUCUCGACGACUUCAAGGCCGCCACGGUGUUCAUCGAGCGCAGUACCCGAUUCUAUCCCACAAAGACAGAUCGUCAUUAUGACAUUGGGCCACCCUUAGAAGCGUUCCUCGGUGAAAACGCCUUGACCGAGCUCGGCCGUUAUAGUGCAACGGUGUCACACUCGCCUGAUGGUAGUCAGACUGCUGUUUGUGGCUUGUAUAAACCCUUAGAUCCGGGCUACCGCACGAUGCUGAAGCUCAUCUCCGAGGUCAGGAAUGGGAUUGGUCUCGGAGACUGUUGCCCUACUGAACAGGCCGAGAAAGCCUACCAGCUAACCUGUAUCGAUUCAACGCUCGACGACCUGCGGCACUGUUCAUGCAUGCCCGCCUUCAUCCUCGCCAUCGCCGGACCUCACGUCUCCGUUUCCGGCGCCAUCUUCGUCAACGGGGUCGCUAUCUCACAGCGCAUCACGCCCUUCACGAGCCUCGUCCCGCCUCUCGCGUCUCUUUCUACCACACCGGGCUUCGAGGCCAACGAGAUGGGAUUUGUGACUGCGGGCACCCAGCAUGUGGCGGAGAUCGCGCUUCUGUUGAAGAGCCUGCGGGAAUGCCUGGACGGCCUGGGCACGUACUACCGCGACAUGCGGCGCCCCACCCGUCCCGACGAGCUGUCUCCCGCGCCGUGCUUCCCGUCGUACGAGGCGAACGACGGUGUCACUCUUCACCGGGACGGGCAAGCAGGGCCGCCUGCAUCGUCUCGACCCCUUCCUGAUGCGCGCGCUAAAAACGAAAGGACGGUCAAGUUGAGAUAUCUCUCUCGAAUCCCGGAACGCAGGAUGAGCUUCGUCGCGGAGGCAAAUGGCGGUGGGGAAACCGGUACUCGAUGUGUCGUCAAGUUCGUGCACCGAUCCGGCAAGGAGGCGCACGAAUUCAUGUACGAGCGUGGGGUGGCCGCGCGGCUGAUGCACUGCCAAAGGGAAGCUUCGGUCGGCGACCUGUUCGUGGUCAUCACAGAAUAUAUUGACGAAACCAAGGACGCGAAAGCGUCGCAAGACGGUAUCACGAAGCUGCGGGAUGCACUCGAGGGACUACACGAAGCACAAUUCGUCUUCGGUGAUCUUCGCCGCGUGAAUAUGCUGGUCGACUCGACCGGGCAGCCGCGGCUGAUUGACUUCGACUGGAGCGGACCUGACGGCCAGAUGCGCUAUCCUCACGAUUUGAAUACAACUGAUGUUGCCUGGCCGGAAGGGGCGCGGCCUUGGGGUUCAUAACGAAGGAGCACGACAUGGUCAUGCUGGAGAGACUGGUGUUGGAGCUUGGGAGUUGAGGUCACAACGAGUAGCUUUAGUGAUGUA